UUUUCCCACCGCGCGACUCUGAAGGCUAAACCCUAGUGACGUCCUGCCGCCGCUCUUGGCUGCUUUUACCCGCCGUCGACGUCCGGCAGUCGCCACCUCGCGGCGUGGCCGAUGUCUGCUGCCUCUUAACUCCGUCGAGAGCCCGUUGUCGUCAGCUAGCCGCGUGCGCUCUUCUCCCCGCUUCUCCCGUUUCUGCGCCUUCAUGCCCAACGGUUCUCCCCUUUCUUCUCUUUCCCUUUAAGUUACAGCCGCGCAGCCGACCCCUUCUCCGAACCACUUCUUAGCCCACAGCCGGCCGCCCCUUUUUUUGGAUCGAUCAUACUCUGCCAUAUUGUGAUUGAAAGUUUGCCUCGAGUCAACUUGUUCACGUAGGGAGAUUUGAUAUCUGCCAAUAAAUUUAGACUCUCCUUCCUUUUGCUGCGACGACAAGUUGAGUGGCGAGUCGGCUGGUGUUUCUUGAAACCUUUUUCUCGACGACAGAUUUGAGUGGUUUCGUAUCUUUUUGCAUCUAUUUUGCUUCUUUUAGGUCGGAGAUUGAUGGGGAAGAAAAAUAAGGUCAUCCUCCCUCCCAACCUCCCCCCAGAGGUCGCCGAUGAUGAGAUUGUGGUUUCUGACGAGGAUUUGGAAUUCGUUGGCCGAAACCGUGAAUAUGUUGGAUUCCUCACCAAGCUUGACACGAAAUCUAUAGACAGGCAUGUCAAGCGAGUUGCUAAUCAUGAGGAUGAUGAACUGGAAGCUCUAUAUGAGAAGCGGAACCGAAAACCUUCUCUUUUAAGACUGAAGGAGGAAGAAGAUAAGCUUCAAGUUGAUCCUGUUGAUGCUCUUCCAGUAAAGACACUGGAUGGGAAGUUGGAAUACAGAACCGCUGAUAGAUCAAAAUCUGGAGAUGGAACCAAUGGAAAGGAAUCUGCAAUGGGCAUAGAAGAUGAUGAAAAAAUUGCAGGUAUGAUGAAGCUUACUAAACCAGAGAAAAGGCUAAAGCUAAAAAAGAGCAGAAAAGAGGCUAAGAAGCUUGCAAAGGUGGAAGAGAAAGGAGACGGUGGUGAAGAAAAGCUGCACUCCGAAGUCUUGGCAAAGGUAGAGGAAGAACUUUCUGCUGAAGAGUUGUUCAGGAAAAAGAAGAUUAGAUUGGCAGAAAUUGGGUUGCAGUUGCUGGAAAAUCCUGAAGAAAAUAUCAAGGCCCUGAAAGAAUUGUUGCAGAUUUGUGAUGAUGAAGACCAAAAUAUAGUUAAACUUGGUCUGAUGUCUUUGUUGGCUGUUUUUAAAGACAUAAUUCCUGGCUAUCGUAUCCGGUUACCAACUGAAAAGGAGAUGGAGAUGACAGUUUCUAAAACAGUACGCCAGCAGCGGUUCUAUGAAUCUACACUUUUGCGCUCAUACAAGGCAUACCUCAUGAAGCUGGUAACCUUGGAGAAGCAGCCCUCUAUCCGUCAGGUUGCUGUUCGCUGCUUGUGCAGUUUACUAGAUGCUGUGCCACACUUCAACUUCCGUGAAAGCAUUUUAGCCAGUGUUGUGAAGAAUAUAAGCUCUUCAGAUGAUACAAUAAGAAAGCUCUGUUGUGAAGCUACAAGGUCAAUCUUCUCAAAUGAAGGAAAGCAUGGGGGUGAAGCAACCUUAGAAGCAGUGCGGUUGAUUGCUGAUCAUGUCAAGUUUCAUGACUGCCAGCUCCAUCCUGACAGUAUAGAUGUCUUUUUAUCCUUGACAUUUGAUGAAGAUAUUGGAAAAUCAGACAUUUUGAAGGAGCCAGUCAAACCCAAGAAAAGAGGGAAAUGGAAAAAUCAAGAUAGUUCAAAAGAAGUGCAAGGCGGUGAUAGAAAGAAGAAUAAACAGGAGUUGAUGAAGAAAACAAGAGAAGAGGUUAGUGCAGAUCUAAAGGCUGUUUCAUUUGCUCCAGACUCAAAAGAUAGAAAAAUGAUGCAGUCUGAAACACUUACUGCUGUAUUUGAAACAUAUUUUCGCAUUUUGAAACAUAGCAUGGAUCCUUCUGCUUCAAGGUCAAAAGUAAAUGCUGUUUCCUUAUCUUGUGGAUCUGGAUCAUAUCCAUUACUUGCUUCAUGCUUGAAUGGCUUGGGAAAAUUUUCACAUUUGAUUGAUUUGGAUUUUAUGGGUGAUCUUUUGGAAUGCCUGAAAAAACUUGCUGGAUACAGUGACCACAAUGAUGGUUCAAUGCAGAAUCACUUGUCUGUUUCAGAACGCCUGCAGUGCUGCAUAGUAGCUUUUAUGGUGAUGAGGAAUAAUCUUGAUGCACUGAACGUGGAUCUGCAAGAUUUUUAUGUCCAGCUCUAUAACCUUCUUUUGGAGUAUAGACCUGAUAGAGACUGUGGUGAAGUGUUAGCUAAAGCUCUAAAGACGAUGCUUUGGGAGGGGAAACAACAUGACAUGCAGAGAGCUGCUGCCUUCAUAAAACGCCUGGCAACAUUUUCUCUGUCUUUUGGAUCUGCAGAGGCUAUGGCAGCCUUGGUUACAGUGAAACAUCUUUUGCAAAAAAAUAGCAAGUGCCGAAAUCUGUUGGAGAAUGAUGCUGGUGGUGGUUCGCUGGCCGGUUUAGUUGCAAAGUACCGACCUGAUGCUACGGAUCCAAAUAUAAGUGGUGCCCUUGCUUCUGUCCUCUGGGAGCUUAGCCUUCUGGUGAAGCAUUAUAAUCCAUCUAUCUCAUCGAUGGCUGCGAGUAUUUCAAGCAUGGCAAGCAUGAACCCAGCACACUCUCAAGUUCUAUUUUCCACUGCCUCCCCUCUACAAGCAUUUGCAGACUUAUCUACUGAGCGGGAGCUCUUCAAACCAGCUAGCAAAGCUGCCUCUCUGAGACGCAAAAGGACAAGAGAAAUAGAAAAGGACUUUGUGGUUAUGGAUCCUGAUCAAAUAAGGAAGUAUGAGAACAUGAUAGAUGAGGGUGUCUUGACAAGGAAGUUCAAAGAUCAUUUCAUUUUGAACAAAGGUAUUAUGGAGAAUGAGAGGUUGAGGCGAGAAUUAAAUCACACGAUGUCAUCCAUAAGCUUAUAUGAAGAUUACAAGAGACAGAAAAAACAUAAAAAAGAAAGGUAACCACCAGAAGAUUUAAUGUCAGAGAUCAUCUGCAAUUGUUUUACUGUGCAAAACGAAUGUUUUACUGGCACAAUUCUCAGCCACUAUGCCAGUCUUCAUUCCUUUUUUUCUUGAGGAGCUAAACUGUGCAUAUCCAUAUGAGUUCUUUAGCAGAGCAGUAAUAUGAGUUUCUUCUGCUUGGUUACAAGUAAUGCAGGCAAUUCUCUGUCGUAUCAAAAUUUCUUCAUAUUUCUCAUGACCACAGGUGUAUCAUUUUCUGUUUAGCAUGAUAUUAUGUUGUAUGAUGUUUCAUUGUGGGGAGUGAGGAUUCAUAGGGCCCAACAUAUAUAUUCUAAAUUUGAUAGCUUGAUUCCUUGAAAACGUUUUUAUAUAUAAAUGGUUGUGUGUG